AUGGCGGGCAACGGCGCCAUCGUGGAGAGCGACCCGCUGAACUGGGGCGCGGCGGCGGCGGAGCUGGCGGGGAGCCACCUGGACGAGGUGAAGCGCAUGGUGGCGCAGGCCCGGCAGCCCGUGGUGAAGAUCGAGGGCUCCACGCUCCGCGUCGGCCAGGUGGCCGCCGUCGCCGCCGCCAAGGACGCGUCGGGCGUCGCCGUCGAGCUCGACGAGGACGCCCGCCCCCGCGUCAAGGCCAGCAGCGAGUGGAUCCUCGACUGCAUCGCGCACGGCGGCGACAUCUACGGCGUCACCACCGGGUUCGGCGGCACCUCCCACCGCCGCACCAAGGACGGGCCCGCGCUCCAGGUCGAGCUGCUCAGGCAUCUCAACGCCGGAAUCUUCGGCACCGGCAACGAUGGCCACACGCUGCCGUCGGAGGUCGUCCGCGCGGCGAUGCUGGUGCGCAUCAACACCCUCCUCCAGGGCUACUCCGGCAUCCGCUUCGAGAUCCUGGAGGCCAUCACCAAGCUGCUCAACACCGGGGUCAGCCCGUGCCUGCCGCUCCGGGGCACCAUCACCGCGUCGGGCGACCUGGUCCCGCUCUCCUACAUCGCCGGCCUCAUCACGGGCCGCCCCAACGCGCAGGCCACCACCGUCGACGGGAGGAAGGUGGACGCCGGAGAGGCGUUCAAGAUCGCCGGCAUCGAGGGCGGCUUCUUCAAGCUCAACCCCAAGGAAGGUCUCGCCAUCGUCAACGGCACCUCCGUGGGCUCCGCGCUCGCGGCCACCGUGAUGUACGACGCCAACGUCCUCGCCGUCCUAUCCGAGGUCCUGUCCGCCGUCUUCUGCGAGGUCAUGAACGGCAAGCCCGACGCCUUCAUGAAGCAGGCCAAGAAGGUGAACGAGCUGGACCCGCUGCUCAAGCCCAAGCAGGACAGGUACGCGCUCCGCACGUCGCCGCAGUGGCUGGGCCCCCAGAUCGAGGUCAUCCGCGCCGCCACCAAGUCCAUCGAGCGCGAGGUCAACUCCGUCAACGACAACCCGGUCAUCGACGUCCACCGCGGCAAGGCGCUGCACGGCGGCAACUUCCAGGGCACGCCCAUCGGCGUGUCCAUGGACAACGCCCGCCUCGCCAUCGCCAACAUCGGCAAGCUCAUGUUCGCGCAGUUCUCCGAGCUCGUCAACGAGUUCUACAACAACGGGCUCACCUCCAACCUGGCCGGCAGCCGCAACCCCAGCCUGGACUACGGCUUUAAGGGCACGGAGAUCGCCAUGGCCUCCUACUGCUCUGAGCUCCAGUACCUGGGCAACCCCAUCACCAACCACGUCCAGAGCGCGGAGCAGCACAACCAGGACGUCAACUCCCUGGGCCUCGUCUCCGCCAGGAAGACCGCGGAGGCCAUCGACAUCCUGAAGCUCAUGUCGUCCACCUACAUCGUGGCGCUGUGCCAGGCCAUCGACCUGCGCCACCUCGAGGAGAACAUCAAGACGUCGGUGAAGAACACGGUGACCCAGGUGGCGAAGAAGGUGCUGACCAUGAACCCCUCUGGCGACCUCUCCAGCGCGCGGUUCAGCGAGAAGGAGAUCAUCACCGCCAUCGACCGCGAGGGCGUGUUCACGUACGCGGAGGACCCGGCCAGCGCCAGCCUGCCGCUGAUGCAGAAGCUGCGCGCCGUGCUGGUGGACCACGCCCUCAGCAGCGGCGACGCGGAGCGGGAGCCCUCCGUGUUCUCCAAGAUCACCAAGUUCGAGGAGGAGCUCCGCGCGGUGCUGCCCCGGGAGGUGGAGGCCGCCCGCGUCGCCGUGGCCGAGGGCACCGCCCCCGUGGCGAACCGGAUCACGGACAGCCGGUCGUUCCCGCUGUACCGCUUCGUCCGCGAGGAGCUCGGCUGCGUGUUCCUGACGGGCGAGAAGCUCAAGUCCCCCGGCGAGGAGUGCACCAAGGUGUUCAACGGCAUCAGCCAGGGCAAGCUCGUCGACCCCAUGCUGGAGUGCCUCAAGGAGUGGGACGGCAAGCCGCUGCCCAUCAACAUCGUCAACUAA